AAGGGCGACGUAUUCAGUCAGUUUUACGUCAGCUCAUUGACCGUUCUGUCGCUCGGUAUACCCAGCCAGGUUACGUGGAAACCAACAUCUUAAACAACAAUCAUGAUGAUGAAAGUAGCAGUGUGUGUUGCCAGCGUCCUGGUCGCAGUAUCCGGACUCAUGAACGGCAUGAACUCGAAUAUUAUAAACGGCUUGAAUGGCAUGAACAAUGGGUUGAACGGCAUGAAUAUGAAUAAUGGUUGGAAUGGCAUGAACAACGGUUGGAAUGGCAUGAACAACGGUUGGAAUGGUAUGAACAACGGGAAUAACGGCAUGAACAACGGUUGGAAUGGAAUGAACAACGGUUGGAAUGGAAUGAACAACGGCUGGAACUCUAACAAUGGGAUGAACAACGGGUUUAAUGGAAUGAACAACGGGUUCAAUGGGAUGAACAACAGGUUCAAUGUGAUGAACUUGAACAACGGAGGCAUUGGGAUGAUCACAGGAGGAAGAACAGGCGGGACCCGUUACGGCAAGUAGAGACCUAUUAAGUUCAACUUAAUCAGCGCACUGUUCAGCACGAUCCCCAUGCACAGUCUCUUCACUUCACUGUUAAAUCAUUCAUUCAUUCAUCGUGUUAUAGUGUGUCAUUGUGUGUGGGUUAAAGUCUAUGCG